AUGCAAACUUGUGAUGUAGCAAUAAUUGGGAUUGGAAUAAAACUACCAAAAUGUAAUAACCAAGAGGAUUUUUGGAAUAUUUUAAUUAAUAAACAAAAUUGUUCAGUAAGUUUAUCAGAAAGAUUCAAAAAAUUUGAUAUAAAUUAUAUGGAAAAUGACAAUUAUGUUGCCUCUUUGGUGGAGGACAUGGAAUGGGAUAACUUUGAUUCUAACCAAUUUAAUUUAGACUCAAAUAUUGUAAGUUUUUUAGAUCCUCAGCUAAAACAACUUUUAGUUUGUGCAUCAAAUGCAAUUAACGAUGCAAAUCUUAAUAAAGAAAUAAAAGGUAGUAAAACCUCUUGUUAUAUUGGUUCAACAUCAAAUGAAUAUCAAAGCUUCCUUAGAAUUAAUAAAAAACUUAACUACAUUGUAGGGUCUUCAAGCUAUUCAUUAUCAAAUAUGAUAUCAUAUGUUUUUGAUCUCAGGGGUUCAUCAAUUACAAUCAAUUCUGCCUGCUCAUCAUCAUUAAACUGUAUUUCGUUAGGAUAUGAUUCAAUUGUAAAUGGGAACAGUGAAUUAUCAAUAUGUGGUGCUAGCAACUAUAUAUUCGACCCAGAAUACCAUAAAUCAUAUAUUGGUAUGGGGGUUAUAUCAAAGAACCAUGAAUCUAGAUCAUAUAAUGAAAAUGCACAUGGAUUUGUUAGGGGUGAGGGGACUGGUAUAGUUAUAUUAAAAAAACUGGAGCAUGCAAUUAGAGAUAAAAACAAAAUCUAUUCGGUUAUCAAAGGGGCAAAUAGUAAUUCUGAUGGUGCACUAAAUAAAGCAAAACUUGUUUUUCCAUCAAAAGAAUCCCAAAGAGACAAUAUUUUAAAAGCCCUGCUAAAAUCAAAUCUGUCUCCAAAUCAAAUAGACUACUUUGAAGCAAAUGCCCCAGGUUUAUCUUUUUUAGAUCAUGUUGAAAGUGAAGCAAUAUCAAUGGUAUUUGACAGCAAUAAUCAAAACAAUAGAACUUCACCAUUAUUAUUUGGAACUUACAAACCAAAUAUGGGUCAUUUAGAAGGAGCAUCUGGUAUUGGCGGUAUUAUCAAAUGCUGCUUAAUCUUCAAAUACAAAUGCUUUCCUCCUACGUUAACCUUUGAAGGAAAUAUGAACCCAAAUAUAAAAUUGUUCCAUGAUGAAUCUAAAUUUAAAUUAGUAACAGAAAAAACAAAUUUUAACAAAGAAAAUGUUAAUAUUGUUUUAAAUAAUUUUGGUGCCACUGGUUCAAAUGGUUGCGUAGUAUUAUCUAACUAUAACUAA